AUGGCUUUGUUGGAGACAAUCCAACGCAAGAUAACUAAGUAUGGGCUACUUCCCAAACUGGUACGGUUUUUGCCCAAGGUUUCCACUCUCCUGACGUUAUUGGGUUUGAUAUGGAUCCUCAUUUUACCACUGGAUGGCCAGUUUCGGACCACAUACAUUUCGGAGAACGCCCUUAUGCCGUCACAGGCAUACUCAUUCUUCAGAGAGUCGGAGUGGAAUUUUGUAAGAGGCUAUAGAGAUCAGAUUAUUGAGCACAUCGAUGACCCAAUGGAUGAAAGGCACGAAAUGCUGUCUUCUUGGAUGAAGACAAUUGGCUACAAAACCUUCGAGUACAGGUCCGCUAAUGAUUCAAGGACUACAUAUGGAAUAUAUCAUGUUCCAAAGGGAGAUGAUACCGAGGCAAUGGUAAUUGUUGCGCCUUGGACGACAAGCGAUGGAGAGAAAAAUAUUGGGGGACUGGCCCUGACCAUGGGGCUGAUCCGGUACUUCCACAGACUUUCAAUCUGGUCGAAGAAUAUCAUUGUGGUGUUCCCAGAGGAUGGCCAGGAUACUCUGAGGAAAUGGGUUGAUGCCUACCAUACCACAUUGGACGAGACAGGAGGAUCCAUGGAGAGUGCAAUUGUGAUCGAAUAUUCUUCUGAAAGCGAUGAACUAGACUACGUCGAGGUCAAAUACGUGGGAGUUAAUGGUCAGCUGCCAAAUUUGGACCUCGUCAAUUGUGCCGUGAUGAUCAGCGAGCAUGAGGGUUUCAAAGUGUCGCUGCACAACACACCAAAAGGUCAACUCUGGGCUAAUGAUUACCCGUCUAGACUCACCACGUUAUUGAAAGGUCUAUUUUCCAUGGCAACUGCGGGUCUGCUGCCCGAAACAGGGGGUGGAAACGGCUGUGAGGCUUUCAGUGGAUGGAAUGUCCAGACUUUGACUUUCAAGGCUAGAGGCACAGAGGGUCGCGACAUCACAACCUUGGGAAGAGUCAUCGAGGCCUGUUUCCGUGCGGUCAACAACCUGUUGGAGAAGUUUCAUCAGUCAUUUUUCUUUUAUCUGCUGCUUACUCCCAAUCAUUUUGUCUCCAUUGGAAACUACCUUCCGGCAGCAGUGUUGACCGCAUCCAGCUUUGUUAUAUCUUCACUCAGCGCGUUCCUCACAAAUAACAAUGUCAACAACAAGCACAUUAAUUUCAAUGAUGCAGCUAUUAAGGUUGAUACGUUUCCCUUGAUGAAUGGGCUGUUGCUAUUCACUACUGUCACUGUGGGCUCGAUAAUAUUUGGAACAUUGUUGAUGUGGUUUUCUUCAAUCGUGUCUUUUGCAGACAACAACAAUCUGUACACAAAGCUUACUUGGGGCCUGAUCUUGGCAACUACUACUGUGUCGACUCUCCCAGUGGUUCUCAGGUACAAAUCGCAACCGUCAGCGGCAAUCUCGCAGACAGUGAGAGUAGCCAAUGGCUGCUCGCUUUUCUACCUCGCUUUUGCGCUCGUGAGCCUUCUUGUGCUACACUUUUCUCUUUCACUCCUCAUAUCUCUCGCAGCAUUCCCUCUUACCUUUAUCAGAUAUGGACCUUUGCGUCAGAACCGCAAGAACAGCAUAUGGCUAAUAUUAUCAUCGCCAUUUUUGUGGUUGGCAGUUGUCGGAGUGGCUCGCAAGAUGGAGUUUCAGCUGGACAUUGUUAGGAAUCUGAUCCAAUAUUUCUCGGUGCCACUGCUCAAACACGAGCUGCAAACAAAAAUCUUUGAUACUGACUGGCUCAACCCAGCCUUUCUCCAGAAUCUGCUACAAGGUCCCGUGGAAAUAUUUUACGGGCUGCUCACUGGCUACAGGAGGUUCCAGACUUGGACAUGGAUGGUCAUUAGCUUUGCGUGGCUUCCUGUGUGGAUUAUGUCUCUGAUCAUCACCUGCAUCGAUGUGCAAAUUGGAGACUUUGAAAAGAGGAAAGUAAACUAA